ACAAUAGGCGCUAAGAGAUACCCGGCCGAGCUGUCCAGCAAUAAAGACGUGCUUAGUGUGUGAAGGGGGUAUCGUGUUAGAAGCCUGUGUGGCAUGUUUUAGUUUCACAAGUUCAGCAUUUGACGCGGACACGGAUAGCUGACCGUGUGUCAUAUUGUUGAUGUGGUGAUGACGAUGACUACGAUGAUGAUGAUGGUCAUGUCGAUGAUGAUGGUGUAGAUGAUGUCGUUCAUGGUGAAGUCGAUGACGAUGCGAUGUUCAUGGUCGAUGACGAUUUGAUGGUGAUGUUGAUGACGACGAUGAUGUUAUGGUGAUGAUGACGACGACGAUGAUGAUGGUCAUGUCGAUGAAGAUGAUGUAGAUAAUGUCGUUCAUGGUGACGUCGGUGAUGAUUAUGAAGUAGAUGAUUAUGGUGUUGUAGGCGAUGAUGUUGACGAUAGUGUCGAUGAUUAUGAUGGCGAUGGUGAUGAUGAUGAUUGUGGUGACGAAACUACUCUAGUUGUGGUUGUCCGUAGUUGGUCCAGGACUACAGCCCCGGAGAUUCGGACACUCUUCUAAUUUAUUUUUGGUCAUUUGUAUAAACAUCAUAUUUUUUCUUGUUGAGUGAAAGUUGUGUGAGUGUUUGUGUGGUUUAGUGUUUAUAUUUCUAUCUUUUCUUUCUUUCUCUUAUUUUUUUUGUUAUUAAAUUUUGUUAAAUUUAAGAUGUCUUGUUGUUGUUUGGAGUAGCCUCCGCUCAUCCCGUUACAAUUGGUGGCAGCGGUGGGAUGAGUUGACUCCUCCAGAUACUACAAGAUAUCUUUAUAAGUGAACAGUUGCCAAGGUUUAUUUUAUUUUUCAUUUUUUGAUCUUUUUUGUAGUACAUGUAAGAGCAAGUGUAGGUCGUUGUUUCCUUUUCCCUUGGUGAGUACAUUACGUUAGGCAGAUUGUUUUGUUAAAAGUUGAGAAGUUAGUCCCUUUAUGAGAUAAUUUUGAGGUAAGUUGGUCUGUCAGUCAAUGCACCAUUUCUACUGUCAAGGAGAUGCUGGAGCUACUUGAAGUGGGGACCAAGAUGGGGAUGAAGGAUGAAGAUCUUCAACAAUUCGUGAAUGACGAACAGGCCAGAAUGCGGGACGAACGUGAGAAACAUAGAGUCGAGAGACAGGAGGAGAGAGACCGCGACUUCAAACUACAGAUGGAGAAAGAGCGCGCCGCAAGAGAACAUGAUGAGCGAGAGCACGCCCGAUUGAUAGAAGAAAAGAGACAUCAGCAAAAACUAGAAGAACUGGGACUUGAUCACAAACUGCAACUCGAGAGAUCUCACAUGAAGCCGAGUGUUGUGACUAAAGAGGAGAAAGAAACUUCUCAAGUGAUAAAAGGACCAAAACUUCCUCCGUUUGAGGAUUCGAAAGACAACAUUGACGCGUACAUUCAAAGAUUUGAGAUAUACGCAACAACGCAGAAAUGGAAUAAAGACACGUAAGGGACUCAUCUUAGCGCAUUACUCAAAGGAAAGGCACUGGAUGUGUUCGCAAGACUCUCACCCGAAACAGCACUUGAUUUCAACGAGUUGAAGAACGCCCUGUUGAAACGAUUUGACAUGACGGAGGACGGUUUCCGCAAGAAGUUCCGAUUUUCAAAACCAGACGGAAGUGAAACUUUUAUGCAAUUUUCUACCAGACUGGACAGUUACCUUGAGCGGUGGAUUCAGCUGUCUAAGACUAACAAAACAUUCGAUGAUCUGAAGGACUUGUUCUUACGUGAACAGUUUUUAUUGUGUUGCUCGAAAGAACUUGCUUUAUUCCUAAAGGAGAGGAUUCCUACUUCGAUCCAAGACAUGGCGCGAUACGCGGACCAGUUUGCUGAGGCCAGAACAGUGACAUCUUCUUAACUUACGCAAAAACCGCUCUUUGACAGACGACAGCAGUCCGAUAGACAACCGCCGUACAAAGAUUCCGUGCAACAAAACCAAUCUGGAAAUGCAGUGAAGUGUUAUGAGUGCGGACGACAAGGACAUAAAACCUUUAACUGCAACUUCCGCAAAAGUCCGAAUAACAGGCCGUUUAAUUCGAGCGAGAAACAAGAAACAACACCGAAACAUACUUACCCUAGUGAUUUUCAACGUGGGUCGUACAAUAAUGGGAACCAUGGAUAUCCAGGACGCGGUAGAGGUCGCCAAGGAGCCGCGAGUGUCGUCGAGAAACAUGGAAACUUACCGUGUGUUGGUGAUUCGGUUGCUUUCUGUGAAACGGAAAUGCCAGUUGUGAAGGGAUGUGUUGGCAAUAAACUAGUGACUGUGCUAAGAGACACAGGUUGUAGUGGUGCCGUUAUUCGUAGAGAACUGGUAAACGAUGAUCAACUAACAGGGACAUCUCAACGAUGCAAGUUAGCAGACGGUCGUAUUAUUGAUUCAGAUGUGGCUAGAAUUGAUGUCGAUACUCCUUACUUUACCGGAAGUGUUGAUGCUUGGUGCUUUGAUUCGCCUUCGUACGAUCUUAUUCUUGGUAAUAUUCGUGG